CGGAAGAUCACUCAUCUGAAACAAUGGACACGUUUGAUUGAUAGCGCUUGUGUCUUGCUGGCAGUUCGGGCAACCGCGGCGCCCGCCAGGCGGCGUCCUCGCCAGUUCGCGUUUCGCCAACGAAGAAGAACGCAAACAAGAUGGAGACGAUGCCCGUCGCAGUCAAGAUACGUCAUUCGUUUCGCUAAACAAUUCAAUUGGGACAAGUACAUAACCGCACCGAAGGUAGAUAGACGUCGAAAAGGGAAAAGUUUGUCGUCGUCACCGUUUUGGACGAUUUAUUCACCGCAAAGCUCUCUCGUCAGCUCGGUUCGUGGAGCGAGAAUGCGGAAGUGAGCAAGCUAAAGCUAAGCUAGUGCUAGCGAGCGACGUCAUAAUUUGUUGUUAUAGCGUCGUUGAAUACACAUUUAUGAAUAAAAGAAAAUAACAAAAAAAACACCACAAUAAUCGUAUCGAAACGUGUAUGCUGCGAACAAAAAAAAAAAAAACACAGGCACGGAAGUUAGCAACACGAAGCACAGUGCCCGGUAAAGUGUUGUUGUUAUUGUUGUGGAGGGGAAACAAAAUGUGCAAAGUCCAAAUGCUGCGAGCUUUGGUGAAUCAGCGACUAAACGCUGCCGUUGAAGAAAUAUUUGUGGCGUUUGAAACAACGAUGGCGGAGUACGAGGAGGAACUGUGUCGAUCCAAACAGGAGAUCGAGCGACAGCGCCGACUGCUGGAUGCUGUUUUCAAGCCUCGAGUUGAACUUCGGCGACACAAAGCAGACGUUCCCCCCGAGCAGCAGCAGCAUGAACCGGAGCCCCCCCGUGUUAAAGAAGAAGAAGAAGAGGAGGAGGGCGAGGAGCAUGCAGGAAAACAGCUGGAGCGGCUCACCGAGUUCUCAGAUGUACCUCCUGAGCAGCAGCAGCAGCAGCAUGAAUCAGUGCCCUCCUACAUUAAAGAAGAGGAGAAAGUAGGAGAGCAGCUGGAGCAACUCGCUGAGUUCCCAGGUCGCAGUGACGUCCGUGCGACAAGCCAAGACGACGGCGAGGAGCGAGCUCGGCCUCAUCGCUGUCAACGCGAGGAGACCGGCGAGUCAAGUGAUCAUCACACGGUGACACAAGCACACAAAUGCCACUUCGGUCAGCCCCAAAAUAGUGAUAUGACGUCGGCCUACGCUGCUGACGGGACCAAAGCGAAACCCCAAAAUCAUGAGAAUUUUAUCUGCUCCGAUUGUGGGAAAACGUUCAGCCGGCCUGCCGGUCUGAAGAGACACAUCAGGAGCCACGCCGGCGACAAGCCGUUCAGCUGCUCGUUCUGCCGUCGGAGCUUCAAACACCGCUCCACGUUAGAGAGGCACACUCGCGUCCACACGGGGGAGAAACCUUUCAGCUGCUCACUGUGCAGCUCCACCUUCAGCCGGCGCACCGGCCUGGAAGACCACAUGAGGAUCCACACGGGCGAGAAGCCCUUCGGCUGCUCUGUGUGCCACGCCAGCUUCACCAAGCGCUACACGCUGGUGCUGCACAUGAGAACGCACACGGGCGAGAAGCCCUUCGCCUGCAGGUUCUGCGCCAGGACCUUCUCCCAGCAGGGGGUGAUGAGGUCGCACGUUCUGGUGCACACCGGGGAGAAGCCGUUCGGCUGCAACGUGUGCUACCGACGCUUCGCACGCAAGUACCAGCUGAAGAAACACGAGUGUGGGCGCAAAGCGGCCGGAAGCUGCGAAGCGGCUCGGAACUUUGGCUUCCUCGCGGCCGCGCACACACAAGUAGAAGCCAGCGGCGAGUGCGUUUUGGAAAUGUGCAAAGUCCGAAUGCUGAGAGCCUUGGUGAACGAGCGACUCAAUGCCGCCGUGGAAGAAAUAUUUGGACUGUUCGAAAGGACGAUCGCGGAGUACGAGGAGGAACUUUGUCGCUCCAAAGAGGAGAUCGAGCGACAACGGCGACUGCUGGACGCUCGCGAGCCUCCAGGCGGCUUCAACGCCACAGACAGCCGACCAUGUCGAGAUGUUCUUGCUGAGUGUCAGGAGGAGCUCGAGGCCCCGCGCGUCAAAGAGGAGGAAGAGGACGAGCCCGCCCACGUCAAGGAGGAGGAAGAGGACGAGCCCGAGUCCUCCGACCUUAAAGACGAAGCGGGCGAGCGUCUGCGGGAGGCUGACGUCAUCACCAAGUUCCACCUGAAGAGUGAAGACGAAGAAGAUGAAGCUCAGUGGUCACAUCUCAGGACAGAAGACGAGGGAGCCCCACCGCACGUUCCCUCGGGUCCCCCGUUGGACUGCGAGGAAACGCCGUCGGAAUGCGACAGGACGGACGACAGCGACGAAACCUUGGAAGCGUCCAAGGGCGGCGGCGGCGAAGCGGCCGAAGGCGACAAGACCUUCGCCUGCUCCCUCUGCAGCAAAAGCUUCAAGCGCAAGGACAGCUUCCUCCGACACACCCGAGGCCACACGGGCGAGAAGCCCUUCGCGUGCUCCAUGUGCAGCAAAAGUUUCAAAUACCGCUACGACAUCAGCCAACACAUGAAGAUCCACACCGGCGAGAAACCCUUCAGCUGCUCCGUUUGCGGCUCCGCGUUCGGUCGGCGCACCGGCCUGGCGGUCCACAUGAGGACCCACACGGGCGAAAAACCCUUCGCCUGCUCCGUGUGCCGCGCCAGGUUCUCCAAACGCUACACGCUGGUGCUGCACAUGAGAACGCACACGGGCGAGAAGCCCUUCGCCUGCGGGGUCUGCGCCAGGACCUUCUCCCAGCAGGGCGGGUUGAGGAUGCACAUGCAGGUGCACACCGGGGAGAAACCGUUCGGCUGCAACGUGUGCCAGCGACGCUUCGCUCGCAAGUUCCAGCUCAAGGUACACGAAUGCAGGACGCAAGUAGAAGCCAGCGUUUUGGAAAUGUGCAAAGUCCGAAUGCUGAGAGCCUUGGUGAACGAGCGACUCAAUGCCGCCGUGGAAGAAAUAUUUGGACUGUUCGAAAGGACGAUCGCGGAGUACGAGGAGGAACUUUGUCGCUCCAAAGAGGAGAUCGAGCGACAACGGCGACUGCUGGACGCUCGCGAGCCUCCAGGCGGCUUCAACGCCACAGACAUCCGGCCAUGUCGAGAAGAUGUCCUUUGUGAGCGUCAGGAGGAGCCCGAGCCCCCCCUCGUCAAAGAGGAGGAGGAGGACGACGAGCCCGAGUCCCCCGACCUUAAAGACCAAGCGGGCGAGGGUCUGCGGGAGGACGACGUCAUCACCAAGUUCCACGUGAAGAGUGAAGACGAAGAAGAUGAGGCUCAGUGGUCACAUCUCAGGACAUUUUCUGCCGCUGAUCUCAGGACGGAAGCCGAGGGAGCCCCACCGCACGGCCACUCGGCCCCCCCGUCGGACUUCGAGGACACGCCGUCGGAAUGCAACGAGACGGACGACAGCGACGAAACCCGGGAAGCGUCCAAGGGCGGCGGCGAAGCGUCCAAAGGCGACAAGACCUUCGUCUGCUCCUUCUGCAGCAAAAGCUUCAGCCGCAAGGACAGCCUCAUCCGACACGUCCGAGGCCACACGGGCGAGAAGCCCUUCGCGUGCUCCAUGUGCAGCAAAAGUUUCAAAUACCGCUACGAGAUCAGCCGACACAUGAAGAUCCACACCGGCGAGAAACCCUUCAGCUGCUCCGUUUGCGGCAAGACGUUCGGCCGCAGGGAGCACUUGCUUUCGCACAUGCGAAGUCACACGGGGGAGAAACCUUUCAGCUGCUCCGUCUGCGGCCGAGGGUUCAGCCAACGCUCGCACUUGGCGGCGCACUCGCGAACGCACACGGGAGUCAAACCCUUUCCCUGCACCGUCUGCGGUAACAGGUUCUCCUUGAAGUGCGUUUUGAUUGCGCACAUGAGGACGCACACGGGCGAGAAGCCGUUCACGUGCUCCGUUUGCGGGAACAAGUUCACGCGCAAGCGACAUUUGUUGAUGCACAUGAGGAGACACGCGGGCGACAAAAGCAAUCAGUUGCCGUGCGUGUGAGACCAAAGAGUGCUGCUGUGGGCGGGACGUUCAAGUUUGGGUUCCUCAAACUUUAGUGGGACAAGGACAGCAGUUUUUCCAAGGACCACCUCAAAAUCCUAAAUACCAAUGAGACAUAUUUAUUAAUACACCCUUUAUUCUCGAGUAGACUAUUCUCUAUUCUGCGGCGAAUAACAGAAAACCGCAAGUAAAAGACGUCCACCCAAAAAAAGAUUUGUAAUUGCCCGUAGAUGCCACAGGGUAGCGGCAAAGCACUACAUUUUGCUAAACAAAACAACUCAUUGCAAUGUAGUUCUUUGGCACAACGAGGGCGCCAAAGCACUACUUCUAUUGCUUUGGCCUCAGCACAAAAACAACGACUUGGACGUUUUUCAGCAAGUAACAGAGGAUAGUUAAGAAAGGAAAAAGAAAAUCUUUGCUUUGGAAAUAAACUGACAAGCACUGUAAUCUCCACCCCCCCCCCCCC